AUGUCGGAAUGCGAUCUGUAUUUUUCCACGUCGUCCAGCACAGAAUCCGGUACAUUCAAGCUAAUUGAACUGCCAUCCGACCUUUGCAAGCUAAUCGAAAGUGCUAUCGAAAGUUCAAACCCUCCCCGGUUCACAGUUCGAGGUCAGACAGGCGAAGAUGCCGUCUUGUGUACAAACGACACGACAUACACGAUGCGCUCGGUUGUUCUAUCCAAUUCUGUUCUCGUCGUAACGCCUCCCAACGCGUCCGAUCUCGACUUGUCCGACGACAGCAUCGUUAUACGCGAUCAAGUGAAUGAGAUCCUUGAACUGGCACCUACGGUUCCCAGAUUGCAUAAACUUUUGGCUAUGCUAAGGGGAAAUGAAUACGAUGAGCAGUCAGCCGAGGAGGAUAUGGAUGAUGAUCAGGAGGGAAAUAAGAGAAACCAAGUUAUGUUUGAGGAUGCCCGUAGUGUUAUCCAGGCAAGCGACAUGGAACUAUCGCGUGGACUUAUAGACAUGCACAUCCUGAUCGUCAACGGUGAACUUCGACCUAUCGCGCCUGGCUAUCUCAAGACUAUACUAGAGAUGAUUCUCAACCUUCUUGUCUCUCAUUCCUUGUCCCAUGCUGCAACGAGUGUCGAGAUUCUCUCAUCGGCACUCGCGGAUGUGCACGAGGUUCCCCGGACGGUAUCUACUCAAGUUAUGGGCUGGUUCGGUGAGAUACGCCAAGGAAUCUGGAAAAUGGAUGUGACAAGCGUGGUACGAGAAGUUGGUUUAAGUAUAUUACGGCCGUUCAAGGACAAUCCCAUUGCCGAGGACGAUCUCUUGACAACCUGGAAAUCUGUCGUCGGUGAUGCUUUUGAAUCUCUCGUGUCUGUGGAGCUUCUAUCUGGUAACUAUCUUACGGCGCCAUCAAGAAACGACCUCUUCAGGUAUUUCCCAUCUUCCGCUUUGCCCGUAGAACCAGCGCCUCGCUUCGCGGAUCUUUUCCUCUCGCGGUCACGUUGGAAAGCUGAGGAUAUUGAACCGUUUCUUGCCGACAUUGCUAUCAAUUCCAAGGAGAGGGAUAAAUUACUCCUUAAGUACGCUAGGUCAAUAAACGACUCCGGGACUGUGUGGUACACAUCUAGAGCCCAGUAUAACGGGUGA